AUGGCCAACCCUCGCAAUCCACCCCCGACCGCUCCUUCCUCACGCCCUGCACUUCCUGCCAAACCAGCUCUGUCUCGGGUGCCUCAUACCCCUCGUCUCGCUCAAGACUCAGCUUCGACAUCGGCACCGCCAUUCCGCCCCAAAUUGCAAGAAUCAGACUUCCGGCCCAAACUAAACAACCACAAACCCACUCCCUCACCGCAACCUACAUCGCGUCCGACGGCGCAGGUCGCCUCUUCGCAUGUCACACCGCACUCGUUGACUGGAAAGACGCGAGCUGGCCAGAUCAUAAACUCUACCCCGACGUCGCAAUCCCCCAACGACGAUACUCCAAGUCAUGCAAGAAAGAGACCUCUUAUGAUCUCUCCCACAAACAGCGAGCCUGCUGUACGUCGACCGCAGUUGGCCGCCUCCAGUAGAGCAAAGAGCGUGGUAGGCUCUGUAAGACCUGCAAAUGGCAACACCACCCGCCCAACCACAACAAGCAGACCUGCCCCGACGGUGAGAGGCUUCGUCAAGACCCCAGACACGGCAACAAGGUCAAUUAAUUCGACUCUCCAACCACAUGUCUCGCCUCAUCCACACAUCUCACCGCUUCCAUCUUCUCGUCCUACUUCGGCAAAGACAGAAAAGGACUCGAGUCCUAUGUUCUUCCAUGCCAGUGACGCAAAACAACAACCCCCGUCACAGCCACCUGCUCAGAUACACGCUCCUAAGCUGAGGAAGACGCCCUCGUUCUUGUACGCCAACGGUCAACACUCAACCCUUGAGCCAAAGCCGCUCUCCCAUCGAAGCUCUUCUCCAGUAUUGUCUAAUGUCUCGUCCGCCACCGACUCACGCUCUCCUCAUUUCUUGGUCCAAUCACCUGUGCCUUCAGACUCGUCCCACACGCCGACGAUAGUCUCACCACCUCUUAGUGCUGUUUCCUCCGCCUCCAAUUACUUCACUAGUCCAAACUCUCCUCCGAAAAAUAAUAUACACUUGUCUUACAGAAAAGGCGCUUCUCAGAUCUUUGCUCUCGGAGGUCCUCCUUUACCUUUUCAUCCAGCUCAGCCUACCCAGCAGCGAAAGACUAGUUCUGCUUCACUGCGCGGCUCUCACCUUAGGACUACCAGUCUGUCGUCGAUUGACAUAGGCACUCCUGAUCAUGUUCGCCGUCAAUCUCACCCUAUCCCUGCAAUCGCGGAGCCUGGCAUCGAAGAUGAUACACUUGACUCGCCGACACCCUUACCACAAGACGGGAAUGACGACCCCAUCGAGGCUGUCUCUGAUGCUUCUCCGAACCCCGGCAUCAUGCCUCUCGAUCCGUACGCCGAAGCACGUCGUGAGCGGAAAGUCCUCGACCUCGAAAUCUCAAACUCUUCCUUAUUAGCAAUCAACAAAUCCCUGGAACGUGAGCUCAGGAAGCAGAAAGCAGAGCUGAAACGUUUCCGUCGUCUGAGCAGAGCGGGCCAGUUUACUGUUCCUCAAAGGUCUAGCGAUAAUGAAGAAGACCUGUCGACACUGGACGAAGAAGCCGACUUACCUGACUUUGACGAUGAUGAUGAAGGUGCUCGUCCCUCGAGUCCGUUCCACUCACAGCCCGAAGAGGACUUCUCGGAUGACGAUUCGACAAACUCUUCAGCUGUGCCACUCUCUCCAGGCGCUCAAGCCGAUCGCGAUGCUGCACAGCGUGCUGAGGAUGAAAGUCGAUUACGACUCGACCUUAGCAGACAUCGGGAGUUGCUUCUCGAUACCCAACGCAUGAACCAGUCGUUGCAACGUUGUCUUUACUGGACAGAAGGUCUGAUCAAGGACGGAAGAAAAGCCCUUGACUACCAAGUUGCAUCCUCAGAAGUCAAGCUCGGUGGCCGCAUCCUCUCGGGUGAUGAUGUGGAUGACACGUCGUCUCAUGUCGACUAUGCUGAGAGCAUUCAAAGUCUUGAUGAGCAGCCCGGUGCUUUACCUGAUUUCGGUGAGCCUGACAGACGAAGCGUCGGCAGCGAGAUGGAUAGCGGUAUCGAUCUCAUGGGCAAACGCGGCCCACUGACGAUGGCCAGAGACAACCCUCACCACUCUCGACUCUCACAACCUUGA